UUUUUUUACUUGUUCCUCCACCACCAUCACCUUUUGUACCUGCGUAUCAUUGUAGGGUGUCGCAUGAUGAGUGCCCGCAGUUCUCGCGCCUGGCUGGUCCUGGCCCGGGCGACUCGCAAUACUUAUGCUCCGUUCCUCUAUCAGACUCGCACGCUCGCCGCGGUGCCCGUUUUGCGAUACCAGCAUCGGCAGCUUGAGCGCCAACAGAUUCGGUCCCUGACCACCGAGCCGCAACGACAACCACAAAAAGAAGAGGACGACGAGACGGACUUUUUGAAAGAUGAUGACUUCAACAAACAGACGAAAGAUACAUCAUCGUCAUCAGAAGCGCGGUCCGGCCGCCGCAGCUUCCUCAAACGCAGAGCCGCCUCCGUAACCGUCACGCCCGCGCUACCCUCCAACAGCAGCAAAACCACGACUCCUCUUCGGCCCUUGACGAUGAUGACUAGCAGCGAGAAACAAGCCUUCGGCGAGCUGCUCGAGGCUCUGGGCGCCGGAGUUGAAAAGAAGCCUGCUGCCUUACCCACAUUGUCCGCCUGGCCGCCGCCACCCACAUCGCCCGAAAUCUCCAUCCCCGACUCCGACCCUUCCCCCUCCUUCUCCUCAUCCCUCGAAUCCCUCGACCCCGACGAAGCUGAACUCGAAUCCGGAGACGUCUCCUCCAAGGGUCCCACGCAAGCCGAGCUGGACGAGAUGUCGCAGAUCUCCGCCAUCUUCGACACCGUGCUGCAGGACCUGCGGGCCCGCAAAGUCCGGCAGCAGCGGCAGGAGCAGCGCAAACAGGAGGAGAAGGGCAAGUCGUCCCUGGUGACCACGUACUCGACCUCCUACUAUGCCGGCGGCGAGGACCAGGCCACGUCGCGGACUAAUGCGUCGCUGACGGAGUUCAUUGAGGCACGCAUGAACACCGGCGAUUUCCUGGACUCGCAGCUCACGGACUGGCUCGCGCGCCAGCUCGUUUCCACUGAGCGCGCUAUCGAGGCGGUGAUCACGCGCGAGAGUAAUGUGAUUCAGGCGGCGUUGCUGGAUGCGGUCAAGAGGAGGAAAGGCGAUAUCAAGCUUUGGGACGUCUGUCGCACUAAGGUCUUCCCGCUUGUUGGCAUUUUGGAGCGGUCCGUCGGCAUGGAGACGGAGUAUGCCGAUGUCGCGAAGGCGAAGGCGGAUGCCGAGGCCGCCGUUGCCGCUGCCGCGACUGAGUCUUGGGAUAUGGUCCCCGUCACUGAGGACUUGGCUGAUGUGAACGUCGAGUUGAAGGACGCUGAGGAUAGUGUGGAGGAGGAACAGGGAGUGGAGGAGCGGAAAAUAGAGGAGAAGAAGGAGGGGGAGGAGAAGAAGAAGGAGGCAGUCGAAGAGGCGGCAGUCGAAGAGGCGGCAGUCGAAGAGGCGGCAGUGAAGAAGGAGGAGUGGCUGGAUGAUGCGCAGUACGAGGCGCCAUACGAACUGUCUGUCCCCGAAGGCGUGCCCCUCACCUCGGUCGUGACCCGACUAUACCCCCAGAUGCUCCUCGUCGCAUUCCGCCUGUUGAACCUGCAUCACCCGGCGUCGCCGCUCAUCGGCCAGUUCCGGGCCACGAUCCGCUCGAUGGGCCCUACGUCCACCCUGCUGGGCGGCUCGACCGAGCUCUACAACGAGCUGAUGUAUUUCUACUGGCGUGGAUGUCAAGACGUCCCGGCCGUGGUCGCCCUCGUGCAAGAGAUGGACAUCAUCGGCGUGGAGCCGGACCAGCGCACUCUGCGCCUCCUGUACUCGAUCUCCGCGCAGCGCAGGCGCGACGUCGAGGCGCAUUGGCACCGGAACAUCCAAUCGGUACCGAAACCGGAAGAUCCGUCCAAGCGGGCGCGCGUGGGCCGCGAGACGUGGUGGGAUCUGGCGCCGAACCGGAAGGCCUACUUCGCCUUGUUCGGCGAGGAUGGAUGGAUUGAUAAGAUUAAGGUGCGCGUUGAAGAGCUGCGGCGCAACCAGCAAGUCGCUCUCACCAAGUCUCGUCGACAAAAGAAAGAAGCUGCAUAG